UGUCUCUGAUUGUCAAUGUUCCGUCUCAGAACACAUGACAACAUAGAACUUCUAUCGUAAGCACAGCUCUGUAGCAGGGAAUAACUCACUAAGAGUAGAAGGAUGACCUGCCACUUAUUGAGCUCCUUUGUACGGAGCCUGUCCAGGAGAAAACCUCUGGAGCCCGAGGGAGAGGAGUCCACUUUCAACCGCUGUCUGACCACCCUGGACCUGGUGGCCCUAGGGGUGGGGAGUACCCUGGGGGCAGGGGUCUACGUUCUCUCUGGAGAGGUUGCUAGGACAUCGUCAGGUCCCAGCAUCAUCAUAUCCUUCUUCAUCGCUGCCGUGGCCUCCGUCUUUGCCGGCUUGUGCUACGCUGAGUUCGGGGCCCGCGUCCCCAAAACGGGGUCUGCGUAUCUGUACAGCUAUGUGACGGUGGGAGAGCUACUGGCGUUUAUUACCGGGUGGAAUCUGUUGCUGUCCUACGUCAUUGGAACGUCUAGCGUGGCGAGGGCUUGGAGCGGAACCUUUGAUGACCUCAUCGGCAACGCCAUGGGGAACUUCUUCAAAGAAAACGUAAACAUGAACCUCCCGGGCCUCGCAGAAUACCCAGACUUCUUUGCUGCUGGACUCAUUAUGCUCCUGGCAGGUCUGCUGGCCUUCGGUGUCCAGGAAUCGGCAAUAGUCAACAAGAUCUUCACGGCCGUCAACAUCCUGGUGCUUCUGUUUGUCAUUGUCGCGGGCUUCGUCAAGGGAGACAUCCGUAACUGGCAGAUCAGUCAGGAGGAGCUCAUCAACGCUACAGCAGAAUUACAGAACCUAACCUCUACAGUCAACGUGACCAGUAUCUAUGGGGAUGGAGGUUUCUUCCCGUACGGUUUCGACGGGACAAUCUCUGGAGCCGCUACCUGUUUCUACGCCUUCGUAGGCUUCGACUGCAUCGCCACAACAAGUGAGGAGGUAAAGAACCCCCAGAAGUCCAUCCCGCUGGGCAUCGUGGCGUCUCUCCUCAUUUGUUUCCUGGCCUACUUCGCCGUGUCGGCGGCCCUCACUCUGAUGAUGCCCUACUACCUGCUGAAUGUCAACAGCCCGCUGCCCGUGGCCUUCAUGCACAUCGGCUGGGGGCCCGCCAAGUAUGUGGUGGCUGUCGGCUCGCUCUGCGCCCUCUCCACCAGUCUGUUGGGUUCCAUGUUCCCUAUGCCCCGCGUGCUGUUUGCUAUGGCCAGAGACGGCCUCCUCUUCAAGCCCCUCAGCAAGGUCAGCGCCAGACAAAGUCCUGUCAUCGCUACCAUCUCCUCCGGGGUCGUAGCAGCGAUAAUGGCCCUGGUGUUUGACCUGAAAGCAUUGGUUGAUAUGAUGUCAAUUGGGACACUCUUUGCCUAUACACUUGUGGCUAUAUGCAUUCUUAUACUUCGGUACCAAGAGACCCAAUCAGCCGACUCAGAUCUCGAGAUCCUUGAAUCAAACACCAAGUUCGGUUGUCUCAAACCACCAUCAUUCCCUACAUCGGGCACCUCGAAAACAGUCACAGGUUUGACUGUACUGUCUGUGGUGUGUGUAUGCGGUCUGUGCAUCCUCCUGACCCAAGCGAUAGACGCUAUACAGCGGCAGGAGAUCUGGAGCAUGGUGUGUGUGUCCAUCGUAGCCUUCAUCCUCCUGGUCCUCGUCAUCGUCAUCUGGAGGCAUCCACAGAACCAAGCCAAGGCUGCUUUCAUGGUGCCCUUCCUGCCCGUGCUGCCGGUAGUCAGUGUGUUCGUCAACGUCUACCUGAUGGUCCAGUUAGGAGGAGACACCUGGAUGAGAUACGCCAUCUGGAUGGCCGUAGGGUUCCUCAUCUACUUUGGUUAUGGGAUCCGUAACAGCGUACAGAAGCAGAGGAACCAGACCAGCCAGGUACAGAUUGAGACCAUCAGCGGUGUGAUGGAAAAGGAGGCCAUCAAAGAAGAGAAGUUCUGAGGCUGAGUGGAAAGGACAGUACAGAACAGGACAGGACAGAAAAGGACUGAGGAUGACAGGACAGGACAGAAAAGGACUGAGGAUGACAGGACAGGACAGAAAAGGACUGAGGAUGACAGGACAGGACAGGACAGAAAAGGACUGGGGAGGACAGGACAGGACAGAAAAGGACUGGGGAUGACAGGACAGGACAGAAAAGGACAGGACAGGACAGGACAGAAAAGGACUGGGGAUGACAGGACAGGACAGGACAGAAAAGGACUGGGGAUGACAGUACAGGACAGGACAGGACAGGACAGGACAGGACAGGACAGAAAAGGACUGGGGAUGACAGGACAGGACAGAAAAGGACAGGACAGGACAGGACAGAAAAGGACUGGGGAUGACAGGACAGGACAGGACAGAAAAGGACUGGGGAUGACAGGACAGGACAGAAAAGGACUGGGGAUGACAGGACAGGACAGGACAGGACAGGACAGGACAGAAAAGGACUGGGGAUGACAGGACAGGACAGAAAAGGACUGAGGAUGACAGAACAGGACAGGACAGAAAAGGACUGGGGAUGACAGGACAGGACAGGACAGAAAAGGACUGGGGAUGACAGGACAGGACAGAAAAGGACUGAGGAUGACAGGACAGGACAGGACAGAAAAGGACUGGGGAUGACAGGACAGGACAGAAAAGGACUGAGGAUGACAGGACAGGACAGGACAGAAAAGGACUGGGGAUGACAGGACAGGACAGGACAGAAAAGGACUGGGGAUGACAGGACAGGACAGAAAAGGACUGAGGAUGACAGGACAGGACAGGACAGAAAAGGACUGGGGAUGACAGGACAGGACAGGACAGAAAAGGACUGGGGAUGACAGGACAGGACAGGACAGAAAAGGCCUGGGGAUGACAGGACAGGACAGAAAAGGACUGGGGAUGACAGGACAGGACAGAGAGAGGUGUUCUGAUGUUACAGUGUGUAUAUUUGUCCACAUAAAGUCUGGUUUAUACUUUGUCUAACCACGUCUGUUUACAAUUUAACAAUUGUAGUUGGUCAAAACAACAUUUAAUUUAUAACCAUUAUGUCUGUAUAUUUCCACAGUCUUUUUUCCAACAUUAAAAUAAUGUAUUUUAUGAGGAGAUAUCACUGAUCACUGUGAUUGAUAGAAUAUAUUUGUUUUCCCAUUGUUGUGUCAUGCAGGAUUGGGAUAGAUAGAACAUGAAAUGUCCAAAGGGAAUGCAUUACACGUUUUAUGGGUUGAUGUAGUCAGCUGUUUAGUCCACGUGAGACCGGGUUAUGAGUUUAGAGAUUGUGAUUUAAUCUACUUUUUACGUCUCUUGAUGUCGUAAGAGAGUUGGAACAUGGAGAUAAGUUAUUCUCUCUGUAUUAAUCAGAGACCAUUGAAAGAUUAACUGGCCACACCUCAAGAUAAUGUCGACGAAUGUAACGAGCUCGAACAACUUAUCAGAUGUAAGUUCAAGCAGGUUACCUGAUGUAUCGUCACAUUUCCAUUACAACAUGAUGAGGGGAAAGUGUUUUCAGAGCAGCAAGAGCAGUUAGUGUGCUUGUCUAAAGAGAGAACAACCGCUGUACUCCUACAUACUCCAGGCGUAUUAGUGUGCUUGUCUAAAGAGAGAACAACCGCUGUAUUCCUACAUACUCCAGGCGUAUUAGUGUGCUUGUCUAAAGAGAGAACAACCGCUGUAUUCCUACAUACUCCAGGCGUAUUAGUGUGCUUGUCUAAAGAGAGAACAACCGCUGUAUUCCUACAUACUCCAGGCGUAUUAGUGUGCUUGUCUAAAGAGAGAACAACCUCUGUAUUCCUACAUACUCCAGGCGUAUUAGUGUGCUUGUCUAAAGAGAGAACAACCGCUGUAUUCCUACAUACUCCAGGCGUAUUAGUGUGCUUGUCUAAAGAGAGAACAACCGCUGUACUCCUACAUACUCCAGGCGUAUUAGUGUGCUUGUCUAAAGAGAGAACAACCCCUGUAUUCCUACAUACUCCAGGCGUAUUAGUGUGCUUGUCUAAAGAGAGAACAACCGCUGUAUUCCUACAUACUCCAGGCGUAUUAGUGUGCUUGUCUAAAGAGAGAACAACCCCUGUAUUCCUACAUACUCCAGGCGUAUUAGUGUGCUUGUCUAAAGAGAGAACAACCGCUGUAUUCCUACAUACUCCAGGCGUAUUAGUGUGCUUGUCUAAAGAGAGAACAACCCCUGUACUCCUACAUACUCCAGGCGUAUUAGUGUGCUUGUCUAAAGAGAGAACAACCGCUGUAUUCCUACAUACUCCGGGCGUAUUAGUGUGCUUGUCUAAAGAGAGAACAACCGCUGUAUUCCUACAUACUCCGGGCGUAUUAGUGUGCUUGUCUAAAGAGAGAACAACCCCUGUAUUCCUACAUACUCCGGGCGUAUUAGUGUGCUUGUCUAAAGAGAGAACAACCGCUGUAUUCCUACAUACUCCGGGCGUAUUAGUGUGCUUGUCUAAAGAGAGAACAACCCCUGUAUUCCUACAUACUCCAGGCGUAUUAGUGUGCUUGCCGACCAGAUUGUCUGAGAAAAUCACAUUGAUACUAUUUUUACUUUUUGAACUAUGACGACAAAAAACACAGAACAUUUAAAUGGUCUUAGAUUUACAAUGUAGAUUUUAUUGGGAUAGUACUACCCUUCAACUGUUUCCGUAUAGUCGCAUCCCAAAAAAUCAUGGGACCAUUUUUCAUUUCAAAAGUUAUUUCAUUUUUUAAUUUUUUUUUUAACUUACUGUUCUACCAUCAAAAUCAUUUUUGGAUAGUUGAAGCAAGCACACAAAUAAAAAAAAUUAUUCAGGAAAAUUACCCUCGCUAAUACAUUUUUUUAUUUUUUUGUCACAAAUAUACACAGUAUGUUGGAGUCCAUUCAACCAGUUUAGUUGAUGUUUUGUUUCCUGUGAACUAAGAUGUGACUGACGAUGUGCUAAAGUUUUUAUUUAUUUUUUAAAAUUUAAACCUUUAUUUAACUAGGCAAGUCAGUUUAAAAACAAAUUCUUAUUUACAAUGACGGCGUGGCAGGUAGCUUAGUAUAAUGCUUUAUCCUACUUGUCAACUUGUGAUUGUCCAAGAAAUGAUACAGGAAGGAAGCAUGUUUUAAAUCCAAAGUACAUUUAUUGUAUUCACUUUAAUACAUGUUUCAAACCGUUACCGCGCGUAGAAUGUAAAUACGAAUCCCCAACCCCCCCCCCCCCCCCAUUUUUUUUUUCUUCUCUAGUGCAUAGCUUAUUUCAAGAUUUUAACACAAUGAUAAUUUAUUGUUUCAUAAUGUAAAUAUUAAAAUUUGUAUGUAUACAAUGCUGAUAUCCCAAAUAAACUUGAUCAUAUCCCA